GUCGUCGAUCGUCGUUCGUGCGCGGUGCAGUCUCGUCGCGACUCAUCGCGGGUCAAGUGUGCCUUGGUUACUCUUACUUUUCCACUGACGACGAUUGUUUGUUCGAAGUUCCUCACCGAUCCUCGCUUCGUGACGAAAUUGUUGAUGAGAAUGAAAUAGGCUGUGAUCACCUGGACACUUGUAAUAAGAAAUCACAAUGACGUCAAAACUAUUCCAGAUGCAAGCUCGUUUUCAACAAAAGCAGAUGCAAGAAAGAGAGGAAAAACUCCUGAAACUCUACGAAAACCAGCAGCAGCGAGCCUUCGAGAGGGUUGGAAGAGGUAGCGCAGGAAGCAAUACCAGCUUGGGAUCCACCGGAGGUGGAAAAGUCCGACAAAUGUUCGAUGAGAGGCGACAAAAGGCUGGAAUCGACAAGAGCUACCCCCUGGAACCAUUGAAACCGAAAGUAAACCCCAGAGGAGGAAGCUUGGAGAGGAAAAACCUGAUAACCAAGACCACGGUCAGAUCUACUGUCCAGAGUAAUAUCACCUCUGUGAAAAACGGAAAACCUCUGGUGAAGAAGCGCGAGGUUGUGCAGAGGCUAUACAACAACGUCAACGGCAACGAGUCUUAUGAGGAACAUAGGUACGAAGAUGAAGGUGAAGACAACCAUCAUUCAAAGUCGCAUAGGGAGAUGAUAGACAUGAUGAACAAUCACAACCUGAAUGACAGUUUGGAUAACGAGGUGAUGCCACAGAUUGGGUUCGAUGAAGUUGACGAUCCGUGCUUGGAGACGAAGGUAGCUGAUGAUGUGGUGGUGAUUAAGGAGCAGAAGAAGAAAAGUAAUGUUCCGCCAGUGGCUAAGAGAGAAACUAAGCCUAUCGUCAAGAAGAAUAUCACUAACAACAGAACAACACCAACGUCAAAAACAACAUCUUCUGUAACGAAAACAGUUCCCUCUCCUAGAAUAUCUAGUACAACUUCUCGUACUCCUUCAAGGACAUCAAAUAAUAAACCAGCGAUGGGUGAUAAGGCAAAAUCUUCAGCCAAGGCUCCUCUGAACACCCGCCCUUCUGCCAAGCAAUCCGCUAAAUCGCCCGUGGUCCGCGAUGAUUUAGCAGAAUGUAAUUUCUGCGGCCGCAGAUUCGCAGCGGACCGGAUCCAGAAGCACGAAGACAUCUGCUCCAAGACGGGAAAGAAGAAGAGGAAAGCUUACGAUGCCACAAAACACCGAGUACUCGGAACCGAGCUGGAGUCGUACGUCUUGAAACCUGGGAAGGCAAAACCGUCGCAGAUUAGCAGUAAGUCUUCGAAACAACCCCCUAAAAAAGACUGGCGACGCACCCACGAGGAAUUUAUCGCUGCCAUUCGAUCGGCCAAGGAAGCCCAAGCCCACCUUGCAAAAGGUGGGAAACUGUCGGACUUGCCUCCCCCUCCCCCUUCCAGCAACCCCGACUACGUGCAAUGCCCCCACUGCGGCAGGAGAUUCAACGCAGCUGCGGCUGAGAGGCACAUCCCCAAAUGUUCGUCCUACCAGUUCAACAAGCCCAAGCCGGGGGCUCCCCCCAAAGGGCGGCCCGCUAACAGGAAAUAAUUACGCUGACUGUGAAUUUUAUAUUAUAUUUUUAUACUGCAAUAUCCCUCUGGAGGCGCUGAUUUAAUUUUAUUAAUAUUUUUUAGUUUUUUAUUAUAUUAUUGUUAUUAUAUUUCAAUUAAAUCGGUAACAUAAA